UUCUUCAGGAAAUGGAACUCUCUCAGGGCUGGCCAACGUGAGAACUAAACACUUUUGCUGCCUUCUCUUCCAGCCCGUAGAAGGCAGAAGUGGUCUGUGGAUCCACGGAAUAGUGCUUGGAGUAAAGAUGAAUCUAAAUUUGGCCAGAAGAUGCUGGAAAAGAUGGGCUGGUCCAAAGGAAAGGGUCUUGGGGCUCAGGAACAAGGAAAUACAGAACAUAUCAAGGUUCAGGUGAAAAACAACAUGCUGGGGUUAGGAGCAACUAUCAAUUACGAGGACAACUGGAUUGCUCAUCAGGAUGACUUCAACCAGCUUCUGGCUGAACUGAAUGAUUGCCAUGGACAGGGUGAAACAGUGUCCUCAGUGAAUAAUCAGAAGAAGACAUUCAGUCUUGAAGAAAAAUCCAAAUCUUCCAAGAAACGUGUCCAUUAUAUGAAGUUUGCAAAAGGUAAGGAUCUCUCUUCGCGCAGUGAAGAUGAUCUGUCCUGUAUAUUUGGGAAACGACAGAAGAAUAUGAAGACACAGGAGGAUGUUACCGAUCCUGAGCCUCGGGAAGAGAAGCAGGGGAACUGCUGGCUCUCUGAGCCUGCAGACGGUUACAAUACAGUAAAGAGCGUUCUCACUGUCCAGGAAUAUUUCGCCAAGCGCAUGGCAAAACUGAAGGGAUCCCCAAAUGAAACAGAAACAACGGUAGACAAUUCCUGCCCAGCAGCCGAUGAAGCUUUGGAGCCUUCAGAAGACCUGAAAACCAAAGUGAAAAAGAAAAAGAAACAGCAGAAGAGAGAUGAGUCAGAGACUACAGAGCAUUGUGAGAAACCAAAAGUGAAACAGCCUAAGAUAAGUAGCUGUAAUGGAAAGGAACUGGAUGCUCCGUUAAGUGAAUGCCACUCAGGGAAAAAGAAAAGGAAACAUAAAGAGAAGCACAAAGGGGAAAGCAUUAUUUGUGAUGAAAAUAAAGGCAAUGGAGAAACUUACACGGGAGUAUCUGAUGGGGAAGAUCUCAGCCCUGAGGACUCUGAGGCGAAGCAAAAGAAACGCCGUAAGAAGAAACACAAAAAGCAAAAAGAGGAGACAGACGAGGGCAUGGAAGGAGCUCGGAGGAAAAAAAGGAAGCAUUGCAAGCACAUCUAACCAUGUAAGAGCCAAGCUGGGACUCCAAGGUGAUUUGAACUUCAGCACAUUAGAGAAGUCUGUGUAAACACACCAGCCAGACGUCGCAUUGUAAUCCAGUCUUCAGCACGCUGCUCUGCCUCCAACUGAAACCAGGGACGGUGUUUGAAUAGAGCUCUUUCGGGGGAGAACAUGGUGACAGGCCAACCGGGAGCGUCGGUGCCGUGUUCGCAGGGGAUCCGUGUGCAGGGCCAAGGCUUGCAGGUCUGCGAAGCCAGACUUGAUAAAAUACAGUUGGGAUUUGCUUCCUCCCAGUAGGGCAGGCGAUUCACCUUUGUGGCUUUGCAGGAGCUGUGUUUUAACCUGGCAGAACCUGUGCUGCCUCCCGCCCAGACUCCCUGGUGCAACUCCAUUCAAGUCAGAUAACGGCAAGCAAAAUCAAGCCUGGUUUUACCCACUGGGGUUAAGACUGUGAAAGGUAAUGAAUUACUAUCAGCUGCUCCAGACUGACCGUGUUUUUCCUCAAUCCAGGAAAAAAAAAAAAAAAAAAAAAAAAAAAAUAAAAAAUUCACCCUACUACUGCCUUUAUUACUAAAGCCACUGUUGCUUUCACUGGUGGUAGCCCAGCUCUGCUUCCGGAAACAGGAGGGGUUUUGCAAAGCUGUAUGUAUUUUUUCAUGGAUUUUUGCAAAGUCGUGUCUAAUUUUUACAUUGAUCUCCUUUUACAUAUGAAAUGAAUGUUAUUUCUUCCCAAAAUAUGUAUUCUAAUUAAAGGUUUACGCUUGAGUGUCAGUACUAAAAAAUGAAACAAAAAUACCUCCCUUUGUUUCCUAGCCAAUUGUUAACUAUUGUCAAGCAAUUGUAACUUUGAAACAAAGCUCAAGGAGCUGUGCUGUUAUUAACCAUAUCUAAAUCUUUGGUUCCCAGGCAACAUUCAGGGUACUGUCAGUGAUGCACCUGGCAUUCAAAAAGUUGCCUUGGAUAGAACAAGGGUUUUUUCUGAAAUUAGGAGGCCACAUAGAUUUUAAAAGCAUAGCAGGUCAGAUGCAUUAGUAUUGCCACUUAAACACUGAAAACCUGCAAUUUGGAUUUAUAACCGAAUUAGAGCUGGUUUCUAAUUGUAAACCUGGAAAUAUGGAAUGCUGGAGCUCAGCACUACCCCAUAAGCCAUUCUGUAUGAGAUCUUAAACAUUUCAGCAUGAAUUUUGACAUGUUAAUCUCACUCAGCUAAGAGGUGACAGAAGGGAUGGGUGAGCUUGGAAGUGGUGAAAUGGGAAGAAGCAUCCACCAUCCUGGAAUCCGGUUCUGAUACUGCUUUGGCCACAGCAGAUUGCCAGCAGAACCCUGAAAGCCAACCAGCUCUCGUGGCAUAAUCCAGAGUAGCUGACCAGUAUUCAAAUCCACAAGCCGUUCCUUUGACUUUGGGCCUGGCUGUGUUUCAUCGGUGUAAAUCUAAAACAUCCAUUAGCCUGCUCUGCUGAAUAAAGCAGGUACAUUUUUUUUUUUAUUGUCUUAGCCCAGUUGAGUUGCUUAACGUGGUUUGAAAAACAUUGUCAAGAUGCAGUUGUUAAUAUGAAAAAAAUUUCCUUAAGCUGCCUUUAUUGUCCGGUGGAAGAAACUUAGUCUGCAGCACACAGCCCACAUGGCUUCAGAUGUUUUAGUUGCUGCUGAACUCUUCCUUUUUAAGAUCUCUUGGUUUUCAAUGCACCUUUCUUGCUCUUGAGACACGCUCAUUCACUGCAGCAAAAUUAUUGUAGCUUUACUUAUUGUAAGGGAGAAGUAGAUGCCUUUCUCCGUGUUUCACUGUUGGCGUGCCAGUAGUUUUUAACCCUUGUAGCAUUUGCUUUUCAGUGCUAUACAAAUAUUUGUUAUUAUGAAGCUACUGGGCCUGUUCCCUGGCUUCCUUAAAUGAAAUACCACUUAAUACCAUGAGCUUGCUAGAGUUGUAAGAUCCAUGCUUGAGGUAAAGAAAAUAAUCUUCCCACUGGGAGAUGACAGCAAAAUAAUUUUUCACGUUACACUGUAGCAUCCUGAGUUUUGUGGGUCCCCUGCAAAGCAGCCCUCUAAUUUCUUGCUCACCACAAGUUUGGAUUUUUGUUUGUUAGUGGAAGCCAAAAGCCUGCUUCCAAUGUUUUGUGGUUUUUUGUUUUUGUUUUGGGUUUUUUUUUUGGUUUUUUUUUUUUUUUUUAACUCUUAAGCA